AUGAGCUCGGCAAGUAAAGUCCGCAUCCUGUCAUCUAAAACCCAGCACUUGCAAAUUUUGGAGCAGCAGGUCGAGGCAAAGCAUCGAGAGAUUCUCCAGCUUCGUAGCGAGGCCCAGGAUCUGCGCCGACAAGAAGAAGCUCCCCCUCGAAAGACACCAGAAGUCAACAUUGGCGUGCAACCUGAAUACGAGCAUGCUCUUGCUCGGUUAGAGAGAGCGACCGCAUUGACGCGAAGUUUCCGUACCCAGAUACUGGCUUGCUUGGAUUGCGAUCUGAAUGACACGAAAUAUAUAGACGCAAUCAUGACAAAGGAGUCGAAGCAAUUCUGGGCUUUAUUGGAGCAAAUUAAACAUUCGAAAGCAGAGAUCAUCAUGCUAAAAGCUGAACCUUCUCGUGGUGUAGACACUAAUCAAGACACCCCUACAUCGGCUUUAACAGCGCUCCUGGAGGAACAAUGUCUAGUCCUUUGCAAUAUGGCUCAGAAACUGAAAGGUUCUGGUCAUGAAGAUCGUCUCUUUCAGGAGUGUACCGAAUUAUAUCACAAAGCAUGUAUGAUUGAGUAA